AUGACUACUAUUAAAACAAUAAUUUAUCAGUAUGGAGAUAAUACAUUUAAUCUUUUAAAUAUUGAUCAACAACAACAACAACAACAACCACAACAUAUUUAUAAAAAGGAAAUAGAUUUUAAAUUAAGAUUAUUAAGAACUACUUGUGAUUCUAUUGCUUUAUUGUGUGACAGUGGUGAUGAUGAUGAUGAUGAUGAUGAUGAUGGUACUCUUCAUAUUGAUACUAGAACAUCAUUGUUGAAAGGAUCAAAGUGUCUUAGAUUCACUCAUUCACAAUCAAAGGUUAUACUUGUUGCAUCUGGUUACAAUCAUUUAUUAUAUUUAGAUGAAAAAGGAAAAGUAUUUAUUUAUGGAUCAAAUAAUCAUAAUCAAUUGGGUAUUGAUAAAUGUAUAAGUGGUAUUGAAUCAUUUAGAUCCUCAACUGCAAUACUACCAAUACUGCCAAUAUCAAUUGAUUGGUUUAUUAAUCAAUCAAUUGAAAUUGCAUAUUUGUCAUGUGGAAGGAAUCAUUCAAUAUUUAUCGAGAAGCAACAUGGACAUGUUUAUGCAUGUGGUGAUAAUAAAUUUGGUCAAAGUGGUCAAUUGAUCAAUAUUGAACAAUCAAACCAUUCAUCAGCGGUCAAUGUUAUCAAAAAGGUAGAGGGUAUAGAUAAUAUUAUCCUAUCAAGUAGUGGAGAUUUUCAUAAUCUAUUAUUAGAUUCCAAGGGAAAAGUAUAUAGUUUUGGAUUUGGUUUGUAUCAUCAACUUGGACAUGGUAAUACAAAUAAUAUACACUCACCAUCAAUGUUGGUGACAUUGGAUGAAUGUAAUAUAGUCGAUGUUUCAUGUUCGGCAUGGCACAGUUUAGUGUUGACCGAUCAAGGACAUGUAUAUAGUUUUGGAUGGAAUGAGUAUGGUCAAUUGGGUCAUGGAGACAACGAUAGUUGCCCUACACCUACACUUAUCGACUCUUUAUCAGACCUAGAUUUAAUCAUUAAAUCAAUAUCAACUUCAACCUAUAAUUCUUUAUUUAUCGAUCAACAAAAUAGAAUAUUAUAUUGUGGAAAAGACUUGGAUCAAUUAGAUAAAGAUACAAAUACAACAUGUAAACUAUCACCUUUACCAAUAUUUCUACUAAAUUCAUCAUCAUCAUCAUCAUCAUCAGAUGAUAGUACUAUUUCAAGAAAUCAACAACAACAACAAAGGCAACAACAACAAUUACAACAACAACAACAACAACAACAACAACAACAACAACAACAACAACAACAAUUACAACAAGCCAAUAAUAAUUUAUUCAACUCAAAGUUAGGUAAUAUAUCAGAAUUCUUGUCAAAUAUAAAUACUUCUACUGCGACUACUACGACAUCGACUACAUCAACACAACAACAACAACAAUCAUCAAAACAAACUAUAACUAUAGAUGAUGACGAUAAUGUUAUGGUGAUGACGAAAACAACCAAUCAUAAUAAUGUUUUAACCUCGAAAAGGAAUGGUAAUGGUCCAAUUAAUAAUAAUAAUAAUCAAGUUAUUAUUGUUGAAGAUGAUAAUAAUGGUAGUCAGGUUGAUGAAGCAGCUCAAGUAAAAAACGACAAUCAUCAUUUGCAAUCACAAGAAGUAGUUGAUAAUUCAAUUGAAUUGAAUAGUAUGGAUAUUUCUACCGGUUCAACUUCAUGUAAUAUUCGAGACUCUGCAUCGUUACCAUCACCUGUACAACACUUACCAAGUGCAAAUUCAUCAAUGAAUAUUGAAGAUAAUAGUUUUCAUCAAACUCAAGAUAGUCAAAUUGAUAACCAACAAGAUGAAAUUGAUAAAGAAGAACAAGAAGAGGAAGAAGAUGAAGAUGAAGAUGAAGAGGAUGAGGAAGAAGAAGAAGAAGAAGAAGAAGAAGAGAUAAUAGAAAACAGUCAAAGUGAUCAAGAUUUACCUAUUACUUCUACUACAACUACUACAACAAUGACAAAUAUACCAAAUGGAUUAUUUGAUAGUCCACCAAGAAAUGGUGGUGGAAGUUUACAUAAUAGUAAUGGAAGCAUGUCAUCCUUUUUCUCACCAUAUAAUGGAUUUUCAAUGUUUGAUACUGGGUAUCAAGCAUUACAAUUAAUGAACAAUCAACAAUCAUCAUCUCAAUCACAACCAUCACAACCAUCUCUACUACCAAACAAAGAAUCAUCACCACCCAAAGUAAUAUUAGAUAUUGAUCAAUUGGUCAAUUCAAAUCAUCGACCAUCACAUAGAACUAGAUCUCACUUUAAUUUAGAACAUUUAGAUUUUGAUCAAUUAGAUGAAUAUUUUGAAAAUAAUUUACCAUUUGAUAUAAUGGAUGGUCAUAAUACAACUACAAGUGAUAUAGAAAUGAGUAUAGAUGGUGGAAAUGAAGAAUAUAGAAAGUUUUUAAUGGGUUUGAAUGGUCAAGAUUCAUUGAUCAAUGGAACAAGUGCAAACAGUGUUUUACCAAUGCUACCACCUAGUCCCCCACCUCCAUUACCACUACCACACGAUGAUGAUGAAGAUGAUGAAGAUUAUAUACCAGAAGAUGAUGAAGAAGAAGAUGAUGAUGAUGAAGAUCGUGAUAAAACUUUUCUUGAUCAACAACCAAAUGAAAUUGAAGCAUUAAUAGCAGAUUUUAUGGAAAAUGAAGCAAAGGAUAGUGAUAAUAAUGAAAUUAUGAGAGUAUUAUCAACACCAAGUAAAAAUCAGCAACAAACUCUUCCAUUGAUGCCACCAUUGACACCAGGAUCCUCAAUUCAAUCUUUUUUAAUUCCACCUAGCCCCUUUUCAUUCUCAAAGUUACCACUUUUCCCUCCAUCUACUCCUUUAAAUUUAAAUUUAUUUGGUAACGGAAACUUAAACUUUAAUGGUUUAUCUUUUCCCGAUUUGAAUGCACUAUUAUCAUCUCCACCACCACCUUUACCACAACAAUUACCAUUCACUCCAACUUCUACUUCUUCUUCUACUGCGACUACCUUUACUUCAAAUAUGGUGACACCAAAUAUCUCACAUAUAACAACGCCAACAAAAAAACUAUCACCAAAUAAUAAUAAUAAUAAUCAAAUGGUUACAGAUUUUGGACAACCAUUUCAAAUUGAAACUAGUGAUAGUAUAUUUGAUUCAUUUUUACCAACUUCUACGACUACAACAACAACAACUACUUCUACCACUUCUACUACCAAUUCUACUCAACAACUAAACUUUGGAAGUUUAGAUGAUAAUAAUGAAAACUUUGUAAAUAAUAAUAAUAAUAACUUUAAUACUAACUAUGAGUCAAUGUAUGACAACGGCGGUUUUGAUACAAAUAAUGACGACGACUAUAAUAAUAAUAAUAAUAAUAACUUUUCAAACUUUAAUAAUAAUAAUAAUAUUAUCGAUUUUAAUCAACAACUUGAUUUAUUUUCAACAACAUUUUCAAGUCCAAUCAAACAACAAAAUAUGGUUCAAUUGUUUAUAGAUGAAGAACAAAUAACCAUCGUAAAACAACAAUUAUCUUCACAUUAUCAACUCCUUCUUCAAGUAUUACUUAGGAUGCGUGUUGAGGGCCAAAAAUUGGAAGACAAGAAUGAAAAACAUCGUAAAACCAAAGAAAGAAGAGCAAACAAUGCUCACAAAAGACAAAGAAAAGAACCAAAACCACCAAAAACUAGAUUAGCUGGAGAUGAAGUAAUGAGACUUUUAGAAGAAGAUGAUCAACAACAAGACCAACAACAACAAGACCUACAAUCAUUCCCUAGAAGAAAAGAUGAAGAACCAGUAUUUAAUCCAUAUCCACCAUUUAUGGAAUUUUGUAAAAAGUUAUUGGAUGAUAUUUACUUUCAGUACAAAAAACAUAUAGACAAGAAUUAUCUUUCUCAAAUGUUGAUUCAACACAUUGAAUCACCAUCAAAGAUUAUUACACGAUCAAAUAGUCGACGAAAUCAAAUCUCUUCACCCUACUUUGACGAUGAAUGCUUAAAGUUGCAUCCAUACAUUGACGAAUUACUCCAAGAAGAUAAACAUCCACGCGAAGAAUCAAUGGCUGUCAUUAUGAAUAUCUUUGCCGACUUUUUCAAUGCAGAACUCAAUUUUAAAUUUCGUAACCUAAACAAAUUGAAAUUUACACCAAGUGAAGAUUUAUUAUUAAAGUUUGGUCUUGAAACGUAUGGAUACGAUUGGACUAGAAUCAAGACAAACCUAUUACCUACAAAAUCAAUUGGUCAAAUCAUUCAUCGUUUUAAAAAUAGAACUACUGCCUCUUCUGUCGAUAAUAUCUUGAAGGAAUAUUCAAUUAGAUCAAGAUUGAGUCAAGAGGAUAUGGAUUUGGUGCUAAAAGGAGUUACAAAAUAUGGUCAAGAUUGGGAUAGAAUUGCUAAAAAGUUGCCUGGCAAAACUCCCAUCACCAUCAAACAAUUUUUUGACAAAUGGACAAGAAAACAAACAAAAGAAAAAGCUAUUCUUUUGGCUCAAACAAAACCAAAACCUGUUAAAAGAUUAAAUCGAUUUAAACAAUCUUUUAAUAGAAAUUUAUUAUCAAUUGAUGAUAAUGAUACGGUAAAACAAAAAUCAAAUAAUGAAAUGGAUGAUAUGGAUGAUAUGGAUGACGAAAUGGAUGAAGAUGAAAUGGAUGAAGAUGAUGAUUCCUUUGAUGAUGAUGAUUCAUUUGAUAUUGAAAUGAAUCAAGAAAAUCAAAGUCAAAAUCAAAAUCAAAAUCAAAAUAAUUAUCAAGAAGAAGAAGAAGAUCAUUAUAUUCAUCAAGAAAAUCAUAAUAUAAUUAAUACUAAUCCAGAUAUAAAUGAUAAUAAUAAUAAUAAUAAUAAUAAUAAUAAUAAUAAUAAUAAUAAUAUUCAACAUUUAGAAAAUAAUAAUAAUCUGAAUAAUAUUCAAUCACAAUCACAAACGUCUAUAGAAAUAUUAAAAUGGACAAGAGAAGAAGAUAAAAUAAUAUUAAUUACAGUUAAAGAAAAGGGAAUGGUUAGUGAUGAAAUAUGGGAAUGGAUAUCAAUGAACAAGUUGACAAUGAAGAAUAGCUUACAAAUAAAAGAAAGAUAUUUAUUCCUCGUUGAUCUCUUAAGGAGAAGAUCAUAG